GAUGGUCAAAUCGUACGAUCGUUUUUCCAAAAAGAAUAUGCGCAUGAGCCGUGACCUGGAAGGAACCGAAUUUUCACCUGUUGUAUGGGGUGAACUUUAUGACUUGGUCGGCCGAUUUUCGAAAUCAUUGAUGGCACCAUCGGAUUACUGAGCGAACAACGUUUUUGAUUUUCGACGAAAAAUCAUUCUGAAUUCGACCCAUCUGUGGCCUGCAUAAAUGAAAUUUAUGGAGUUUUUUUCUCCCACAAAUUUAGCUUUUGGUGGUAUUUGAUCACCUCUGCUUUUUUUAUUUUUUGCACUAUUUCUUUGCUAAAAAAAAAAAAAAAAAAUCCCAAUACAUGAAAAUUAU